AUGCGAAAAAUGAGGGCGGCGGUGAUAGGCGCCGGAAUAAGCGGUUUGGCGGCGGCUCAUGAACUGGUUAAAGGAGGAGUGGAGGUGGUGCUAUAUGAGAAGGAAGAUUAUUUAGGCGGUCACGCGAAGACCGUGACCGUGGACGGCGUCGAUUUGGAUCUCGGUUUUAUGGUGUUUAACCGUGUAACAUAUCCAAACAUGAUGGAAUUCUUUGAAAACCUUGGAGUGGAAAUGGAAAUUUCAGAUAUGUCUUUCUCUGUGAGUUUAGACAGUGGAAAUGGAUGUGAAUGGGGAAGCCGUAAUGGUUUUUCAAGUGUGUUUGCACAAAAGAAGAAUGCAGUAAAUCCAUAUUUUUGGCAAAUGCUUAGAGAAAUUAUCAAGUUUAAGGAUGAUGUUAUGAGGUACCUGGAAGAGCUUGAGCAAAAUGAAGACCUUGAUCGUAAUGAAACAUUGGGGCAUUUCGUUGAAUCUCGUGGUUACUCUGAUUUGUUUCAGAAAGCUUAUCUUAUUCCUGUAUGUGCAUCAAUCUGGUCCUGCCCCUCAGAAGGAGUAAAAGGUUUCUCAGCAUAUUCUGUUCUUUUAUUCUGUCGUAACCAUCACUUGUUACAGCUAUUUGGUCGUCCUCAGUGGCUUACAGUGAGAUGGCGUUCCCAAACUUAUGUAACAAAGGUUAAAGAAGAACUAGAACGUCAAGGCUGUCAAAUAAGAAGCCAAUGUGAAAUCCAGUCAAUUUCAACUACUGAUGAUGGUUGUAUUAUAACUUGUGAAGAUGGCUCACAAGAAUUGUAUUCUGGAUGCAUUGUUGCUGCCCAUGCUCCCGAUGCUCUUAAGAUGUUAGGCGAACAAUCAACAUAUGACGAAAGGAGAAUACUUGGUGCUUUUCAAUAUGUCUACAGUGACAUUUUCCUUCAUCGUGACAAAAACUUCAUGCCUCGUAACUCAGCUGCGUGGAGUGCUUGGAAUUUCCUUGGAACUUUUGACGAAAAAGUUUGUCUGACAUACUGGCUCAAUGUGCUGCAGAAUAUUGAGGAGAAAGGGUUGCCUUAUCUAGUAACACUCAACCCUUCUCAAACUCCACAACAUACAUUGCUCAAAUGGACCACUGGUCAUCCUGUUCCAUCAGUUGCAGCCUCAAAAGCAUCCCGUGAGCUUGACCACAUUCAAGGCAAGAGGGGAAUAUGGUUUUGCGGAGCAUACCAGGGUAAUGGUUUCCACGAGGAUGGGCUAAAGGCUGGUCUAAUUGCUGCACGUAGUAUGCUCAACAAAAAAGAUGCUGUUCUAGAGAAUCCAAAACAUAUGGUACCAUCUUUGCUAGAAACGGGAGCACGCCUUUUUGUUACUAGGUUCCUUCGACAUCACGUAUCUACUGGUUGCUUAACUUUGCUGGAGGAAGGAGGUACAAUAUUCACCUUCGAGGGAAGCAAGAAAAAAUGCCCACUUAAAGUUACACUGAGAAUACAUAGUCCUCAGUUCUAUUGGAAGGUUGCUACACAAGCUGAUUUAGGCUUGGCAGAUGCAUAUGUUAAUGGAGAUUUCUCAUUAGUAGAUAAAGAUGAAGGUCUUCAAAACCUAUUUAUGAUUUUCAUUGCCAUGAGAGAUUUACAAACAUCUAUUGCCCAAUCUACCAAAAGAAGGGGUUGGUGGACACCAUUGUUUUUCACUGCUAGCAUUGCAUCGGCAAAGUAUUUCCUUGAGCAUGUUUCAAGGCGAAAUACUCUUACACAGGCACGCAGGAAUAUAUCUCGACAUUAUGACUUGAGUAAUCAACUCUUUGCUCUGUUCUUGGACGAAACAAUGACAUACUCCUGCGCAAUCUUUAAGUCAGCAGAUGAAGACUUGAAAACAGCACAAUUAAGGAAGAUUUCUCUUCUGAUUAAAAAAGCGAAAAUUAACAAGACGCAUGAAAUCCUUGAAAUUGGAAGCGGUUGGGGAAGUCUAGCCAUUGAAGUUGUGAAGCAAACUGGUUGUAAAUAUACAGGCAUCACCUUGUCUGUAGAGCAACUAACUUAUGCAGAAAUGAAAGUGAAGGAAGCUGGUCUUCAGGAUCGAAUAAGAUUCCUACUUUGCGAUUAUCGUCAAAUGGCCAGUACCUACAAAUUUGACAGAAUAAUUUCUUGUGAAAUGAUUGAAGCUGUUGGCCAUGAAUAUAUGAAUGAGUUUUUUGGAAGUUGUGAAUCAUUAUUAGCAGUAGAUGGAAUCCUUGUCCUACAGUUUAUAUCGAUUCCAGAUGAAAGGUACGACGAGUACAGACAAAGUUCAGAUUUCAUUAAGGAAUAUAUUUUCCCAGGCGGUUGCUUGCCUUGUUUAAGUAGAAUAACAUCUGCAAUGGUGGGAUCAUCGAGGAUGUGUGUUGAGCACUUGGAGGAUAUUGGCAUCCAUUACUACCAAACACUUAGAUAUUGGAGGAAAAACUUCUUGGAGCAUCAAAGUGACAUAAUUGGGUUGGGAUUUGAUGACAAGUUCAUAAGAACAUGGGAGUAUUAUUUUGACUAUUGUGCAGCUGGCUUCAAAUCAUGUACACUUGGGAAUUAUCAGAUGGUAUUUUCGCGACCGGGUAAUGUGACAGCAUUUGGCAAUCCGUUCGAAGUGUUACCAUCGACCACAUCUUAGUUGAAUUUUUUCUGGUAGAAACAAAACUCAUUAUUUAUUUUAAAUUGGAACGAUUAAUUAUUGAUUUAUUAUGAUUGGAGUGACCCUGUUUGAGAGAGGGUCCUUAUUUUAUUUCAA